GAUUUACCAGAUCCAUGCAGUGGGUACGUUCAUUAGAUCUUGAUCUAACUUUCAUUAGAUUAGAUCUCAUCUAAUUCGGGCUUCUCUGUCUUCACAAUGAGUAGCUGUGUGAAUAUAACAAAUGUCACAGUCAUGGACAAUCCUGCAAUGUUUCUCAAUCCAUUCCAGUUUGAGAUCUCUUACGAAUGCAUUUCUCCUCUGAAAGAUGAUCUGGAGUGGAAAUUGGUGUAUGUGGGUUGUGCAGAGGAUGAGAAAUAUGACCAAGAUCUUGAAACAGUCUUUGUGGGUCCUGUAAAUGUUGGGAGUUAUCGCUUUGUUUUUCAGGCAGAUCCUCCAAGUGUUGAGGCAAUAAAAGAUGAGGACAUAUUGGGGGUGACUGCCAUUCUACUGACUUGUUCAUACAAGGGCCUAGAAUUCAUAAGAAUUGGGUACUAUGUAAGCAACGAGUACAUUGAGCAGGAGCUCAUUGAUGGGCCUCCAACUAAGGUUGCAAUUAACAAGGUGCAGAGAUUGAUUCUGGACUCAAAGCCCAAAGUUACCAAGUUCCCUGUUUCUCUCCUUUCCCUGCCUUUCAAGCAGGAACAGGAGAUGCUCUGCUUUGUUCCCCCAGAGCCCAAAUGUACAGAGGAGAUUGAGUCAGAUGAUGAAGUUGAUUUUUCUGAAAUUUGGUCAGAUGAUGAAAUUGAAAUGUUGCAGUCAUUGGGAUGGAUUUAGGGGAUAAUCAAUCAUUUGGGCUAACAUGGAUUGGGGUUUUUUUUUGGAGGGGGGGAGGGGCAAGGCAUAUUGUAAGAGGUCCCCCAUCCACUCAUUGAAUGGAUUAGAUGCUGCUCUUCACUUACUCACUACAGUGAAUUGUACAUUACACAAGACCUUGAAAGUUCAGGAUUUUCAAAUGUAAUCUACCUGAAUCAUGGGUCUUAUUUUUCUGCAAGAAAUUUUUUUUCUGAUACCA